AUGUCUCAGCAAACGGGUCGACUGGCGGGCAAAACAGCCGUUGUGACCGGUGCCGCUAGUGGCAUUGGGCUGGCCGUCACACAGCUCUUCCUCUCCGAGGGUGCCAAAGUCCUCGCGGUUGACUUUUCCGACAAGAACAUCGAAUCAGCAAAGUCGCAGCUGCAGGCCGAUGGUUUCGAUUCCGGCUCAUACACCUUCCAUAAUGCAGAUGUGGCGGACGAGGAGUCUGUGAUAGCCUUUGUGGAAAAGGGUGUGACGGAGCUGGGAGGACUCGAUAUCGUCGUGCUCAACGCUGGUAUCGGUUUCAUAAAGCCCAUCGUAGACACAAAUGCUGAGGAGUACGACCGCCUGAUGCGCAUCAACGCCCGUGGCCCAUUCUUGGGAGUCAAGUACGCAGCGGAGAAGAUGAAGAGUCUAGGAAAUGGCGGCAGCAUCAUCAUAACCGCCAGUCUCGCCAGCGAAGCCGCGUACGGAGAGUUAUCCGCUUACAACAUGUCGAAAUUUGCCGUCCGCGCCUUGUCCGUCACCGCCGCGCAGGAAUACGCCAAACACAAAAUAAGAGUCAAUACCGUGUCGCCGAGCUUUGUAGCGACUCCGUUGGUCACCCUCUGGGGAGAUCUUGAGGAGCGGGUCAAGGCCACUACCGUAGGAAGAACCUUGGAGCCUUCAGAGGUGGCGAAACUGUUUUUGUUUCUGGCUAGCGACGAUGCAAAGAUGGUAUCGGGAAGCAAUUACCGCAUGGAUGGGGGGAUGCUCCUACAUUAA